UCUUUCUCCAUUGUUCUUCUCAUCGAUGGAGGAUCUCAGAUCCGCUCUGAAGGAGCACGCGGAUCUCGCAGCGCAUCUCUUCGAGAAGUUCUCCAACGAGCUCCGCACUGGAUUCCAGCCGGCGUACGAGAACUUUAUCGGUUUCUUUCACGCCAUUGAUUGGAAGGAGCCUUGGUUGGUGUGCUUGAUUGCUUUUCAUGUUACUUUGAUGCUGGUGGUCAUCUUGUCCAGGAGAAGGAUCAAUUUUCAGCUCUGCUUGUUCUUUCUGGCAUUUUCCGGAGUGUAUCUUGCUGAAAAGAUAAACAGCCUAUUGGGGAAAAACUGGGAGAAAUUUGCAGGCCAGAACUAUUUUGAUCCUAACGGAUUGUUCAUCUCCGUCCUCUGGUCUGGACCUCUUCUCAUUGCAACGAUCAUUAUUCUGGUGAACACACUGCUAACAUUGUGCCAACUCAUCGUGAAGUGGAAAAGAGCAGAACUCCGGCACAGAGCUCGUCUUUCCCGCAAACAAGACUAGCAUUUCAUUUUUUUUCCCCCUGUUUUAGAACUUGUUAAACUCCGAGUAUUGUAUUAAGAAUUCAUCAGUUUACUCAUUUUAUAUAGAAUGUUUCUGGGAAUGCCUUCCUGAA